AUGAUACCACGACUUCUCCAGCAUCGCCCCAUCGAGCGGAGCGAUAUGCAAGCAAGAACAGCCCUUCCAGAUAGGCCUAUCCUUCAGCGAGACUCAACAGCCAUUUCACCAACGAGCUCCCAAGACAGCAUCGACACCGCCCCCUCUUCCUCGUCGUCACCGUUGCCGCCGCCGCCGACACCCCAGGCCUGGAUCUGGCGCUGCCACAUCUGCAACGCAACCUUCCGCCUCUCCUGCACCCGUCGCUGCCUCCACUGCGGGCACGUAAUGUGCACCACCCCGCCUCCGCCCCCGACCACCAGCAGCAGCAGCAGCAGCAGUCGUCGCAGAAGCAGAGCCGGGCCCUGCGCCAUGGAGUUCGACUACGAGCGCUGGGCCGCGUGGGGCGACUGGCGUCGACUCCGUCGCACAGCAGAGGAAGAGGACACCUUGCGGCAAGACACAAAACCGUCUUGGGGCGAGCGGGAAGCGCAGCGCAAGAGGCGGCUAUACGACCGCGUGGGAAGCUGUCGGGACGACUGCGACUAUCCCUCCGAAUGCCACCACCUCAGGUCGGAGAUGCGGCAGCGAUUCACGGUGGUUGAAGGUGGUGAAGUCUCGCCGCUCGGCCCGCUGGCUUUGUCGCCGGACUCACCGUCCAUGGAGGAGGCCGCGAGGUCGAUCUUGAGAAUGGGCGUCGACGAGGCGGAUUGCGUUUUCGCGGCAGCGGAUUAUCUGGAGAGCAGGUUUGCUGGGGCUCAUCGGGGCGAAAACUCAGGGUUGGGGUUUGACGUAUACAUAGACGCGCCUGUGAGAGAGGAGUGGGAGGACUGGUGGGAUGACGACAGUGGGUACGGAGCGGCUUCCGAGGACGAAGACGCUGACAUGGUGUAUGAGGAUAUUCGCGGAUGA